GUGCUGUCGCCCAGCGUUUCUCUGGAGGGAAGCUGGGGAGGCUUUGGUGGCUUGGGAGACCAAUAAACUUUAACAUAACUGGAAUUGGGCAAAUCACAGAGUUGGACUGUCAGUUUGAGGCCCUGUUGGAUGGAAAGUGAAGCUUCCUUACUGUCAGAGAUUACUGCGAGACACCUUUGCUGAAUCUCUCAAAUCGUCUCAAAAUGACAGAAAUUGUAGAGGAAUAUGAAGAAUAUGAAGAAUAUGAGGAGGAGGAGGAGGAGGAGGAGGUUGUGGAAAGGAUUUCAACGACGACUGUCACUGAGCACAAGACUCAGUUCUUACAGUCUGGCUUGCCCACCAGGAAAGUAAGGAAGAAGGUCAAGGUGGAUACUUCCAAGUUCAUGACUCCAUACCUGGCCCAUAGCCAGAAGAUGCUGGAGCAGUUCAGCCACAAUAAGUAUCGCCAGGCUUAUGAAAUGUCCAAAGGGACACCUCCUGCCAUCGUUACUGAUACGCCUGAAAUGAUUCGUAUCAGGAAGGCCCAGGAGCAGCUUAGCGAGGUUAAAUACCGUAUGGAGGGAAACAAAGCUCGGACAACCAGCUUGUACGACGGUGAAGCAAGAGAGAUUGCCCACGUCAAGCAUGUAUCUGAGCUGAUCAGCAAGGUUCUGUACAGACAGAAGUGGGAUGAGACCAAGGACAGGUACCUGCUGCCUCCUGAUGCUCCUGAGCUGGUUCAGGCUGUGAAGAAUGCUGCUAACUACAGCAAAAAACUUUAUACCGAGGCCUGGGAUGAAGAUAAGACCAUGUACUACCCCUACAGUGACAGUCCUGAGCUCCGUAGGGUGGCCAAGGCUCAGGAGGUCCUUAGUGAUGUUCACUAUAAGAAGGGCCACCAUGAGCGCAAGGCUAAGUAUACUUCCUUGCCUGAUCCUCCUGAAUUGGAGCUGGCCAAGAGAGUGUCCCAACAGCGCAGUGAUCUUAAGUACAAGGAAGAUUACAAUAAAAAUGUAAAGGGUCAGUGGUGUGAGACUCCUUACUUCGACGUGGCGACUGCCAGGGUGGCAAUGGAGAACCUCAGCGACAGAAGAUACACGCAACAUUAUGAGGAUACAAAAGACCAAAUUUAUUUCAUGCAAACAGAAACACCCACUUAUGAUGCAAACAAGAAGGCUCGUAUUGCUGCUAGUGAGGUCCAAUACAAGAAGGAGUAUGAGAAGAAAAAAGCACAGUCUGACUACAACACGCUCCCCGCCACAGAGAAUCCUCUAUUGAGGCAGCUCAGAUAUGCUGGCACUAUCCUCAGUGAUAAAGUAUAUAAGGCUAGCUAUGAGAAAUCCAGGGGUUUCAGCAUCAACUACUGUGACACGCCCAAGUUUCAGAUGGACUCAGUACUUAAGCAGUUCUCUGAUGCACGUUACAAAAAUAAGUAUGAAAAUGAGGUGAAGGGCCACUACAUUGGAAGCUAUGAGGACCUUUAUAUGCUUCACUGCCAGAAAGUUGAGGAAAUGAAAAAUGAGCAACUAUAUAAAUCUGAUUAUGAAGACAUUAAAACUAGAUGCUUCUUUCCUCAAACAAUUACGCCUGAAUACGAAGCUGGGAAGAAACUUCAUCAAUGCAACGAUAAAGUUUACCGGCAACAUCCAGACACAGUGAAAUUUACACAAGUGGUGGAUUCACCUGUUCAAGUUCAAGCCGCCAUCAACGCCAAACAGCUAAGUGACUUAAACUACAAGGCAAAGUACGAGGAAAUAAAAAUGAAGAACAGUCUACCCCCAGACUACCCCUUCUUCAUCCAGUCCAGAGUUAAUGCUUUUAACCUCAGUGAUAACUGCUAUAAGUAUGAUUGGGAGAAAACCAAAGCGAAAAAGUUUGAGAUCAAAGGGGAUACCAUCUCAAUCCUUGCUGCCCGUGCUCACACAAACGCCAUCAGUGAUGUUAAAUAUAAAAAGGAGUAUGAGAAGAACAAGGGAAAGAUGGUUGGAGCCCUCAGUAUUAACGACGAUCCGAAGAUGCUGCACUCUGUCCAUGUGGCCAAAAUCCAGAGUGAUCGUGAAUACAAAAAAGACUAUGAAAAAGUAAAGACCAAGUAUCAUACACCACUGGAUAUGUUGUCAGUCACCUUGGCUAAGAAAUCCCAGGCAAUUUCCAGCAUGGCUGGUUACAGGAGCAUCAGCACCAACUAUUUCCUUCCACCUGACAGCGUCCUGCUGGAUCUGGCCAAGAAAGCCAACGUUAUCCAGAGUGAUAAUGAGUAUAAGGCUGACUACAACAGCUACACCAAAGGUACUCCAUGGGUCCCAUAUGGCUCAUUGGAAGUGGAAAAGGCUAAGAAAGCUGCAGAGAUCCUCAAUGAGAAAAAAUACAGAACACACCCAGACAAGAUCCCCUUCACAUCUAUCGACGACCACCCCAUCAUGAUGCAGGCCAAAGUCAACCAGCUUCAGAGGAGCGAUCUGUUCUACAAGCGAGGUCUAGAGGAGAUCCAUCAGAAGUACUCUCUGCCCCCGGAUGUCCCAGAGUUCCUUCAGGCCAAGUGCAAUGCCUACAACAUCAGCAAGAAUUACUACAAGUUUGCUUGGCAGGAGCUGAUUGCUAAGGGUUAUGACCUGAAGCCUGAUGCCAUCCCUAUUGUUGCUGCCAAAGCUGCCAGACAUGCUGCCAGUGAUGUCCAGUACAAAAAGGCUUAUGAGAAGGCGAGAGGCCACCACGUUGGCUUCCGCAGCCUCCAGGACGAUCCUCUGCUGGUUCACUACAUGGAGGUGGCCAGAAUGCAGAGUGACAAGAACUACAAGAAGGACUACCACAAGGCCAAGCUGAAGUAUCACACCCCAGUGGACAUGCUCAGUGUGGUUCAGGCUAAACAUGCUUCAGCAGUGCAGACCUACAUUGGCUACAAGCAGCACCACCAUAAAUACUUUCUUCUCCCUGAUGCUAUGGGUCUGCAACUUGCUCGCACCAUGAACUACAAUUCCAGCGAUCACAACUACAAGAUGGAUUAUGAGACCUCGGUCAAGGGUAUUGGCUGGGUUCCAAUUGGUUCUCUAGAGGUUGAAAAAGCCAAAACGGCAGCAGCAGCUCUGAAUGAGAAAAAGUACAGACAGCACCCUCAAACCAUCAAGUUCACCAGUGCUACUGACUCCAUGAGCAUGGAGCUGGCUAAGACCAAUGCUAAGAUCAUGAAUGUGAAAGAGUACAAAGCCAGCGGAGAGAAGUUCAUGCACACUUACAAUCUCCCUCCUGAUGCCCCCCAAUUUCUGCAAGCCAGAUACAAUGCUGCCAACAUCAGCCAGAAUUAUUACACUUAUUCUCACCGCCAAGAUCUGCUCAAAGGACAUCACAUGAAAGAGGAUUCCAUUCCCAUCGUAGCAGCCAAAACUUCAAGAAACAUUGCCAGCAAUUACAAGUAUAAGCUGGCCUAUGAGAAAGAAAAGGGCCACCACGUUGGCUUCCGCAGCCUCCAGGAUGAUCCUCUGCUGGUUCACUAUAUGGAGUUGGCAAAGAUGCAGAGUGACAAGAACUACAAGAAGGACUACCACAAGGCCAAGCUGAAGUAUCACACCCCAGUGGACAUGCUCAGUGUGGCUCAUGCCAAGCAGGCUUCUGCUGUUCAGACAAUGGCUGGAUACAAGAAGAUCCCCCACAGCUUCUUGCUUCUUCCUGACAACAUGCACCUGCGACUGUGUCGCAACAUGAUGGAGAUUCAGAGUGACAAUGUCUACAAGUCAGAUUACAACAGCUACUCUAAAGGUAUAGGAUGGGUCCCUAUUGGUUCUCUGGAUGUUGAAAAAGCCAAAACCGCUAAAGCUGCACUGGAUGAAAGAAAUUACCGCCAGCACCCCAGUAAUUUCAAAUAUACAAGCAAGACCGAUGCCAUGAACAUGACUCUGGCUAUGGCCAACACUAAACAGAUGGACAUCACUACAUACAAAGCUUCUGGAGAGAAGUUCAUGCACACCUACCAUCUGCCAUCUGACUGCCCCGAGUUUCUCCAGGCUAAGUUUAAUGCCCAGACUAUUAGCGAGAGUCAUUACAGGCACAAGUGGGUGGAAGACAUUGCCAAGGGAUAUGACAUGAAGCCUGAUGCUAUUCCCAUCCUGCAUGCCAAGCACGGCAGGCAUAUUGCCAGCAAUGUCCAGUACAAAAAAGAUUAUGAGAAGGCGAGAGGUCACCAUGUUGGCUUCCGCAGCCUCCAGGACGAUCCUCUGCUGGUUCACUACAUGGAGGUGGCCAGAAUGCAGAGUGACAAGAACUACAAGAAGGACUACCAUGUGGUCCAUGCCAAGCAGGCUUCUGCUGCUCAGACUAUGGCUGGAUACAGACACAUUCAGCACACUAAUGCUCUCCUGCCUGAUGCCAUGAACCUGGAACUUGCUCGUAACAUGCAGUUUAUUGCCAGUGAUAACCAGUACAAGAGUGAGUAUGAGCACUACAUCAAAGGAAUAGGAUGGGUCCCUAUUGGAUCGCUGGAUGUUGAGAAAGUAAAAUCAGCAGGGAAGGCCCUCAAUGAGAAACUGUACCGUCAGCCUCCUAGCAACUUCAAAUUCACCAAAGAUAUGCACUCUAUGGACUUGACACUGGCCACUACCAACAACCAGAUUAUGGAUAAGCAAUCCUACAUCAAAGCCUGGGAAAAAGACAAGACUUCAGUCCAUGUCAUGCCUGAUGCAAUGGGCAUUGUUCUGGCACGGGAAAACAGGAAGAACUACAGUGAGAAACUGUACAAGUUGGAUCAUGAACUAUCCAAGAAGAAGGGCCAUAAUCUUCGUAGCGAUGCCAUUGCCGUCCAAGCUGCUAAAGCUUCCACUACAAUUGCUAGUGAUUACAAGUACAAGACAGGAUACCGUAAGCAAGUGGGUCACCACAUCGGUGCUCGCAGCAUCCAGGACGACCCUCUGCUCAUGCUGGCUCUGAAUUCAGCCAAGAUUGCCAGUGAUGCUCUGUACAAGAAGGACUUCAACAAGUCCAAGACCAAGUUCAACCUGCCAGUGGACAUGAUGGCCUUUGAACUGGCCAAGAAGAACCAGAUUCAAGUCAACCAUUUCAACUACAUCACCCGACUGCACAACUGGACAUGCCUGCCAGACUCCAAUGAUGUGGUCCAGGCCAGACAUGCGUAUAACAUACAAAGUGAUGCUGUUUACAAGGAGGAUCUGAAGAUGCUGCAGGGUAUUGGUUGGGUGCCAAUAGGUUCAUUAGAUGUUGAGAAGGUGAAGAAAGCUGGUGAGAUCCUGAGUGAGAGAAAGUAUCGUCAGCAACCGAGCAACUACAAGUUUAAAAUAUCCACUGAAGACAUGCCCAUAGCACUGGCUAAGGCCAAUGCUCAGGUUAUGAAUAAGAACAACGUUAACUACAGUGUGAAAAAGUACAAGCAGGCAUAUGAAGACUCCAAGAAGAAGGGCUAUGAUCUGCGCAACGAUGCCAUUUCCGUCAUUGCGGCGAGAGCUUCCAGGGACAUUGCCAGUGAUUACAAGUACAAGACAGGAUACCGUAAGCAAGUCGGUCACCACAUCGGUGCUCGCAGCAUCCAGGACGACCCUCUGCUCAUGCUGGCUCUGAAUUCAGCCAAGAUCGCCAGUGAUGCUCUGUACAAGAAGGACUUCAACAAGUCCAAGACCAGGUUCCACCUGCCAGUGGACAUGCUCAAUCUGGAACUGGCCAAGAAAUGCCAGAUCCAAGUCAACGACUUCAACUACAGAACUCACCUGCACCAGUGGACGUGCCUGCCAGACUCCAAUGAUGUGGUCCAGGCCAGACAUGCAUAUGACCUGCAGAGUGAUGCUGUGUACAAGGAGGAUCUGAAGAUUUUGCAGGGUAUUGGUUGGGUGCCAAUAGGUUCAUUAGAUGUUGAGAAGGUGAAGAAAGCUGGUGAUAUCCUGAGUGAGAGAAAGUAUCGUCAGCACCCGAGCAAAUACGGUUUUAAAAUAUCCACUGAAGACAUGCCCAUAGCACUGGCUAAGGCCAAUGCUCAGGUUAUGAACAAGGUAAAAAUUCAAUAACACUCAAAAUGCAGCAAAGUAUAACUAAUACAGAAUGACUCUGGUGAAGUACUAAUGCUGACAUGGUAAAGAAAUGAUUCUGUGCACAGCUUCAUGAAAUUUUAUCGUGAAGGCUAUAUGGAAAUGAUCAACAAAGGCUACUACCUUCCCAAGGAUGCAAUCUCUGUUAUAUCAGCCAAGGCUUCCAGAAACAUCAUCAGUGAUUACAAAUACAAGGCUGGUUUCCGCAAGCAGUGUGGCCAUCACAUCGGUGCUCUCAGUGUGAAAGAUGAUCCACUAAUUAUGCUGGCCGCUAAUGCAGGGAAGAUUGCCAGCGACAAUGUCUAUAAGAAAGACUUUAACAAGACCAAGACCAAGUUCCACCUCCCAGUAGAUAUGCUGACAAUUGAACUGGCCAAGAAAUGCCAGAUCCAAGUCAACGACUUCAACUACAGAACUUACCUGCACCAGUGGACGUGCCUGCCAGACUCCAAUGAUGUUGUGCAGGCUAGAAAAGUCUAUGAUUUGCAGAGUGAUGCUGUGUACAAAGCUGAUCUGGAGUGGCUCAGGGGAUGCGGCUGGUCACCUCAGGACUGUAUAGAUGUCGUCAAAGUGAAGCAUGCCCAGACUGUCCUCAAUGAAAGGCUCUACCGCCAACACCCAAGUACGGUCAAGUUCACCAGUGUCGUUGACCUCCCAGCUAUUGUCUUGUCCAAGCAAAAUGCUGUUUACAAAGCUGAUAUGGAGUGGAUACGUGGAUGUGGAUGGAUGCCACAUGAGUCCGUAGAGGUGUUGAAGGUGAAGCAUGCGCAGAAGAUCCUGGCUGAUAGAGGCUAUCGGAUCAAGUUGGAUAAACAGCAAUUCAUGGUUCCAGCUGACAGAAUUGACUUAGUCCGUGCCAGGAAUGCUGCUGAAGUCCUGAAUGAGGCUAAAUAUCGUGAGGCCUGGCACCAGGACAAGACCAAGUACUCAUUGGUGGACACACCAUCUCUUGCCACAGCCAGAGAAGUGGCGAAGAAUGUUCACCCGAAACUGUACACCAAAGAAUGGGAUAAGGUCAAAGCUACAGGAUACUUCAUGCCUCCAGAUGCUGUACCAAUCAAGCAGUGCAUCCAGACAACUAAAGUGCAAAGCAAACAUAAAUACCUGGAGGGAUACCGUAAGCAGGUCGGUCACCACAUUGGGGCUCUCAGCGUCCAAGACGACCCUCUGCUCAUGCUGGCUCUGAACUCAGCCAAGAUCGCCAGCGAUGCUCUGUACAAGAAGGACUUCAACAAGUCCAAGACCAAGUUCAACCUGCCAGUGGACAUGCUGCAGUUUGAACUGGCUAAGAAAUGCCAGAUGCAGGUCAACGACGACAACUACAGAACUCGCCUGCACCAGUGGACGUGCAUGCCAGACUCCAACGAUGUUAUCCAGGCUCGCAAAACCUAUGAUCUGCAAAGCGAUCACGUCUAUAAGUCAGAUCUGGAAUGGCUCCGAGGCUGUGGCUGGGUAGCAGCUGACUCUGUUGAACAUGUGAAGGUCAAGAAGGCCCAGGAGAUUCUCAAUGAUAGACUUUACAAGAAGACUGCCCAAGAAGGUUUUGGAAGAUUCACCCUGAUUGUGGACCGGCCAGAGAUAGUUUUGGCAAAGAUUAAUGCUGCCAACCUGAGUGAUUUGAAGUACAAAGAGACUUUCAAUGCAGAAAAGGGUCAUUAUAUUGGCUCAGAUGAUACUCCUCAACUGGCCCAUAGCAGGGAGGUGGCUAAGAUCAUCAGUGAGAAACUCUACAAAUCAAACUGGGACGAGUCGAAGGCUUCAAGCUACCAGCUGAACCAUGAAUACAUCCCACUGGUCAUCUCCAAGAAGAGCAGGGACAUUGCUAGUGAUGUCAAGUACAAGGAUACCCACGAAAAGGCCAAAGGUCACUACAUGGCUGGAACCCUGGUGGACUUCCCUGAAGUGAUGCGCUGUGGACACCAGGAAAAGAACAAGGCACUGAGGGUCUACCAGAAGGACUACAAUCAAACCAAAACCAAAAUCCACAUCCCAUCCGACAUCAUCGCUAACCAGGUAGCUAAGCGGUGCCAGGACAUGCUGAGUGAUGUUCUUUACCGCACCUACCUGCACCAGUGGACUUGCCACCCUGAACAGGAGGAUGCCAUCCGUGCCCGCAAGACCAACGAAAUCCUCAGUGAUGUGUUCUAUAAGGAUGACCUGAACUGGAUGAAGGGUAUUGGUUGCUACGUUUGGGACACACCAGAGAUUCUUCGUGCCAAGAAGUCCUAUGACCUGCAAAGUGAGCUUAAAUACAGAGAGAACGCCAAGAAGGAGUUCAACAAUUACUCCAUUGUGACAGACACCCCGUCUUAUGUGACUGCUGUCCUGGGCCACACCUGGGCCAGUGAGCUCAACUACAGAGAGGCUUAUCAAAAGGAGAAGCACAUCUACACCACGGUUCUGGAUACCCACGAUUACGUCAGAUGCCAAAACUUCAAAUACAUUUUCAGCAACAAAAACUACACUUCUACCUGGGACAAAAUCAAAGCGAAGAGUUACCAGAUUCCACAUGACGCAAACGCCUUGCAGCACGCUAAACAGCAGAAGAUUAUUCUCAGCAAUGUGAAGUACAAGGAGGACUACGAGAAGUUCAAAUCUCUCUACAGCCUGCCCAAGUCACUGGAGGACGAUCCUGGAACUGCUCGUUGCGUCAAAGCUGGAAAACUCGUCCUAGAUCGUCUGUACAAGGAGAACUAUGAGAAAACCAAGGCCAAGAACCACAUCCCCCCAGACAUGUUGGAUAUCCUGUCUGCCCGCAGUACCCAGAAUGCCGUCAGCGAGAUCAACUACCGCAAGUAUCUGCACCAGUGGAUUUGCAUGCCUGACAUGCAGGUGUACGUGCAGGCACGCAAAGUCAAUGAACAGCUCAGCGACAUCUUCUACAAGGAUGAUCUGAACUGGCUCAAAGGUAUUGGUUGCUAUGCCUGGGACACGCCAGAGAUCCUCCGUGUCAAGAACGCUGAUAAUCUUCAGAGUGAGAACAAGUACAGAGCCAAAGGCAAAGAUGCUUUCAAAGAAUAUUCAGUGGUGACGGAGACUCCAGUGUACGAGACCGCCAAGCAGAACGCUCAGAACCUGAGUGACCUGCACUACCGCUAUGAUUACAACGCCAAUAUCAAGGGCACCAACACCGCUCCUGCUGUUACCAUUGAAACAGAAAGAGCCCGUCUGGCCAACUACAUCCAGAGUGAUAACUGGUACAAAGAAGCUAACAAGAGCUUCAUGCCAACCGGUUAUUCACUGCCUCAUGACACCCCCCUCAUCAAGCAGGUCAAGUUGAACACUGUUGUCUCCAGCAAUGUGAAAUACAAGGAGGCCUAUGAGAUGGUGAAGGCUAAAGGCUACACUCUUCACCCAGAGGGUGUCAACUUUGUCACUGCAAGGAAGGCUAACAAGAUCAUCAAUGAACGUCUGUAUCGUGAGACUUACCACAAGCAAAAGGACAAGAUCCACACAACCUAUGACACUCCUGAUAUUAAACAAGUCAAGAUGAACCAGGAGCACCUCAGUGACUUGUGCUACAAAGAGAAAUACUACAACAGCAGAGGCCAGCUGAUAUCGUUGCCCAUAACGCCUGAGCUCAUGCACUACCACCACGUCAAUGAGAUCACCAGCGACCUGAAAUACAAAGAGGACCUGAUGUGGCUGAGAGGCAUUGGCUGCUUCUUGUAUAACACCCCAGAGAUGGUCCGUGUCCGCGACGUCACCAAAUUCAGGGUGAGCUAUCCAGUGGAGGCUAAGAAGAACCUUGCUAAAUUCUCUGUGGUCCUGGACACGCCUGAGUAUAAGCGUGUGACUGAGCUGAAGACGCACAUGAGUAACCUGAUCUACAAAGCUCAGAGCAAGGAGGACAUGGCCAAAGUCACCACAACUGCAGACUCUGUGGACAUUCGGAGAGUCAAGUGGGCCCAGCAGCUGGUUAACCAGUACCAGUACGUAGAUCUGGCUGCCAAACAAAGAGCUCAUUUCACUCCAGAAAUCAAUACUCCAAAUAUGGGCCAUGCUAGAAAAAUGAAAGUGUUCUACAGUGAUAACAAAUACAAAGAACAGUAUGAGAAGAUGAAACACCGGUACACUGCCAUUGCUGACACACCUCUCCUGAUCCGUGCCAAGAAGUCCUACCUGCAGUCCAGUGAUCUGCGCUACAAAGAAACCUUUGAGCUUUCCAAGGGACACUACCACACAGUCAAGGAUGCUCUGGACAUCACUUACCAUCGCAGGGUCACUGAUGACAUUAGCGAGGUUAAAUACAGAGAGAAGUAUAUUAGCUCUCUGGGGACCUGGAAGUCCAUCCCCGAUCGUCCCGAACUCUUCUUCAGCAAGAUUGUCAGCGGUAACGUUAGUGACGUCAAGUAUAAGGAGGACCUGGAUUGGCUGAAGGGUAUUGGCUGCUUUGUAUGGGACACACCUGAGCUGGUGCAGGCUGAGAGGAACAAGACGCUCUACAGUGAGAGACUGUACAAAGCCUCCUUUGAGAAGAACAGAGGCAACUUCAAGUAUACCAGCGACACUCCAUUCUUCCAAGCCGCCAAGCAAGCCUCCGUUCUCAUAAACGAUAGGGCUUACAGAGCAGACUAUGAGAAGACCAAGGAUAAGUUCACCAUAACUACAGAUGAUCCUAGAUAUCAACUGGCCAGGGAGAACAGGGAGAUGAGCCAGAAAAUGUAUAAAUCCAGAGCAAAGGAUCUACUAAAGGGUGGCUGCAAUGAGCUACUCCGCCCUGACAUCCUCACAGCCCUUUACCAGACCACUAUGGGCAGUAAGUGGAAGUAUAGAGAGCAGUAUGAACGUGCCAAGGACAAGUUCACCUCUGUUCUGGAGACUCCUGAGUAUGAGGCCCACAAACGCAGCAAGAAGAUCAGUGAUAUCAUCUACAAGAUGGAGUAUAACAAGACCAAGGCAAAGGCUUACACCUUACCUUAUGACACUCCACACCAACAACACAUGAAGAAGGUCAAGGAGAUCACCAGCAAUCUGAAGUACAAAGAGGUGUAUGAAAAGAGCAAGGCCCACAUCAACAUUGACCCCGAAGCUCACGAGAUCCGUGCCGCUAAGGAGGCCUACAAGAACAUCACCAAUCUUGACUACAAGAAGAAGUAUGAAGCAACCAAGAACCAGUGGAUCUGGACAGCGGACAGGCCCGACUUUGUCAAUGCUGCCAAGAACUCCUUGCAGCAAAGCGAUGUUGAGUACAAGUACGACAAAGAGAUCAUGAAGGGCUGCGUGAUACCUGUGGUCGAUGACAAGUUAACCUUACUGUGCAUGAAGAAUGCUGAAAUGGCCAGUGAGGUGAAAUAUAAACAGAAGUAUGAGAAGGAAAAGGGACACUACAUGCCUGUCCUGGACACUCCUCAAAUUCUCCAUGCCAAGGCUGUGCGUGUUCUGGCCUCAGAGAGCAAAUACAAGGAGGCCAGUAAGAAGGAAAUGCAGUCCGGCUCAUUCACCACCCUGUCCGACACUCGUGAUACUGCCCACAGCAGGACAGUCAACAAACUUGUCAGCGGGAAAGUGUACAAAGAAAAGUUUGAGAAGGAAAAGGGCAAGUCCAUAUAUAACCACAUGAUUGUGCCGCCUGAUGUUCAGCAUGCCAUGGACGUGGCCAAAAAUCAGAGCAAUGUGGCCUACAAGAAAGAUGCCAAAGCCAGCCUGCACUACACUACUGUAGUCGACCGUCCUGACAUAAAGAAGGCUACCCAGGCUGCUAAACUCAUCAGUCAGAUUGGCUACCGUGAGAAAGCACGUGAAGAGGCCAGCCGUGGAGGCUCUCUAGCCCACCGCCCAGAUAUCGCUUUGGCAACUGAGGUGUCCAAGCUGACAAGCCAGGUGAAGUACAAGGAGAAGUUUGAUAAGGAGAUGAAAGGAAAGAAACCUCAAUAUGACCUGAAGGAAAGUAAGAUUUACAAGACUCUCAAGGAAGCCAGUGUGCUGGCCAGUGAGGUGAAGUACAAGGGUGACCUGAAGAAGAUCCACAAACCUGUGACCGACAUGGCCGAGUCCCUGUCCAUGAAGCACAUCACGAGCACCAGCAAGCUGUCCAGCGACUACUGCUACAAGAAGAAAUUUGAGGAGAGUAAGGGUCACUACCACAUGAUUCCCGACACACCUGAACAGCUCCAUCACAAGGAGGCUUCUGAACUUCAAAGUAACGUGAAAUACAAGGAGAAGUAUGAGAAGGAGAAGGGCAAACCUAUGCUGGACUUUGAGACACCCACAUAUGUGACUGCUAAGGAGGCUCAGCACAUGCAGAGUCAGAAAGACUAUAGGAAGGACUUUGAGGAGUACAUGAGGGGAAAGAACCUCUCAGGCUUGGAGGUCACCCCUGCCAUGAUUCAUGUCAGACACGCCACCAAAAUAGCCAGUGAGAAAGAGUACAGGAAGGAUCUAGAGGAGGGGGUGAAGGGUAAAGGUCUAACUGUACUGGAGGAAACUCCGGAGCUUUUGAGAGCAAGAAAUGCCACUCAAAUCCUGUGUGAGAGAGAGUACAAAAAGUCUCUGGAGCAGGAGAUCAAGGGCAAGGGAAUGCUGGCUUUGGCUACAGACACCCCAGACUUUAUGAGAGCCAGGAAUGCCACGGAGAUCCUCAGUCAGUCUAAGUACAAGCAGACCGCUGAGAUGGACAGAGCCAGCUACACAACUGUCAUCGAUACCCCUGACAUCAUCCAUGCUCAGCAGAUGAAGAACAUCGUCAGCCAGAAAAAAUACAAAGAGGAGGCUGAGAAGACCAUGUCUCACUAUGUACCAGUCCUGGAUACUCCAGAGAUGCAGCGAGUCCGCGAGAACCAAAAGAACUUCAGCACUCUUCAAUACCAGGCUGACCUUAAAAACAUAAAGGGCAAAGUGUCUACUGUAAAGGACACUCCUGAAAUGCUGCGUGUUAAAGAGAAUACAAAGAAUUUCAGCUUGAUUAAGUACAAAGAGGAUUUGGGAGGAGGAACAGCUUUGCCCGAGACCCCUGAGAUGGAGAGGGUUAAACGCAACCAGCGCAACGUCAGCACGAUUAAGUACAAAGAGGAUUUGGGAGGAGGAACAGCUUUGCCCGAGACCCCUGAGAUGGAGAGGGUUAAACGCAACCAGCGCAACGUCAGCACGAUACAGUACAAGGACUCUGUGGGUCAAGGCACAGCCAUACCAGAUCUGCCUGAGGUGAAGCGGGUCCGAGAAACCCAGAAGAAUAUCAGCCUGCAUCAAUACAAAGAAGGCGUGGGAGGAGGCACAUCAAUAUCAGAGACGCCAGAAAUGGAGAGAGUUAAACGCAAUCAGCAAAAUAUUAGCACGAUAAAAUACAAGGACUCUCUGGGUCGAGGAACAGCUAUAUCGGAUCUCCCUGAAGUGAAGCGAGUCAAAGAAACCCAGAAGCACAUCAGCUCGGUGUUGUAUAAAGACAGUUCAGCCAAGGGAACGCCUGUGGUGUUUACUCCAGAGAUGGAGCGGGUGAAAAGGAACCAAGAAAACAUUAGCUCGGUUCUGUACUCUGACAGCUUCCGCAAGCAGGUCCAGGGCAAAGCCGCCUUUGUUCUGGACACACCUGAGAUGAGGCGCGUCAGGGAGACUCAGCGUAUCAUUUCUGGGGUGAGAUACCACGAGGACUUUGAGAAGAGCAAGGGCAGCUUCACUCCCACCACCACUGAUAUUGUGACAGAGCGCGUGAAGAAGAACACGCAGGACUUCAGCGACAUCAGCUACCGUGGCAUCCAGAGGCGCGUGGUGGAGAUGGAGAGGAGACGUGCCAUAGAGCACGACCAGGAGACCAUCACUGAUCUGCGUGUGUGGCGCACAAACCCCGGCUCUGUGUUUGACUACGACCCCGCUGAGGACAACAUCCAGUCCAGGAGUCUGCACAUGAUGUCAGUACAAGCUCAGCGUCGCAGCAAGGAGCACUCCCGCUCCACCAGCGCUUUGAGCGGCGUGGCUGAUGAGAAGUCUGAGGUGUCCCAGGAUGCUGACCACCACAUGUCCCUCUACAGCAAUGGCUUCAUGACCUCCUCUAUUGGCUACCAGCAUGCUACUGUGAAGACCGUGGAGCUGCAGCAGAGGUCAUCUUCAGUGGCCACCCAGCAGACCACAGUCUCUUCCAUUCCCUCACACCCCUCUACUACCGGGAAAACCGUGCGUGCCAUGUAUGACUACACCGCAGCCGACAGUGACGAGGUGUCCUUCAAGGACGGCGACGUCAUCGUCAACGUGCAGUCCAUCGACGAAGGCUGGAUGUACGGUACUGUUCAGCGUACCGGCAAGACCGGCAUGCUGCCAGCCAACUACGUUGAAGCAAUCUAAAGACAGAGCCCGCCCACGGUCCCUCCGUAGUGGGCGCGAUGCAUCCACAGGGCAAACUCAUCGGUCUUCCUGUGAUCACAACUGUGGCUUAGUGCAAUGUGUAGCUUGUAGUGUCUGUACUUGUAUUUUACUUGUAUUGUGAUUCUCGUGGAGUCUGUCAUCAUUAUUAUGCUGCUGCUCCCGCUCCCUGUGGAUGUGACAUUAGCUUCAUGCCAUGACCCAUAUAAAUAGAUCUGAUUAUACAUAAUGUGCCUACUACGAAUGACAACGUGUUAGAUUGUUUUAACUAUUCUGUUCCUGUCCUGGAAAAGCGAGGCUAACACACAAACUGGCCCUUUGAUUUUGUACAUUUCAAACAUUUCAUUUACGUUAUUUAUCAUUUUUUUGUCCAACGUAUUUUCUCUGAAACACAACGGGCUCGAAAAGUUUCAUGUAACCCUUUUAACGGAGAGUCCAUGUAGAGAAAAUAUGAACGUUAGAAAGGAGUAAGUCACCAUCUACCUCCUCCAUGAUGAAAUCAUGAGAAGCUCUCUGCGCCAAGCCUCAGUUUUCCCUCCUUUAUAACGAAGGCUGGCCACUAGUAAAAUGUGUGUUUUGUUUCUCCCGAUUAUUUAGGUCCUGGCUAAAGCACGUCCUCUACCUUCAAUCAGUAGCUAAUAAAGCACACCAAGUUCCUGCACCA